UAAAAAAAACAGAACCGUAAGCCGACCAGACCACCAUGGACUCGGAGCAACUUUUCUCGAGUUGUACACAACUUUUGUUUCUUCAUUUCUAAAACUCCCAGACAAAUAUGUUUGGGUACCAAGAACAAGAAUGCAGAGAGUGCUGUGUGGUUCUGUCCAUGUGUUGCGCUUGUGUAAGUGUAAGUUUAGUUCACACGCUGUUGGACGACUGAAUGAAGUGUGUCUGCUCCAGCUGAGAGCUCUCCAGGUGCCCUUAGUCAGGACGAGGCAUUCAAGGUGUGGUGGUGAGCUCAUGGAGAAGCCAUCAUCAGCAGACAGAGCGGAGCUGGAGGAGCGGAAAGGCCUGGUGGAGGAUGGUGAGGUGCUGAGAGGUGCUGAGGGGGGAGAAGAGGAUCCUCAGACCCCGAGGAAGAGCAGCUCCACUCGCUCCUCACGCAAAAGCUUCCGUCUUGACUACCGGCUAGAGGAGGAAGUGACAAAGUCCUGUCGAGACAAACAUGGCCGCUGGACAAACCCCUGGCCAACAUGGAGGUUCCCUUCAUAUGCUACCCUGCUCAGGUUCCUGUUGUUGGAUAAAAAUCACAGCAAUGUGCCAACCAGUAAGGAAGCUCUGGACAGUGAGCUUCCUGUUAUCGAACCGUACUUCGUCCAGAACCCAGACCCUGCAGAGUCUGGUCCAGGUCUGAGAGUCACCUGGCUGGGUCACGCCACAGUUCUGGUUGAAAUGGACGGGCUCAACAUUCUGACCGACCCAAUUUUCAGCCAGAGGGCCUCACCGUUCCAGUUCAUGGGGCCCAAAAGGUACAGAGGCCCCCCCUGUACUGUAGACCAGCUGCCCAGGAUUGAUGCUGUGGUGAUCAGUCACUCUCAUUACGACCAUCUGGAUGUUGGGUCUGUAGCCAGCCUUAAUGAGCGCUUUGGAGGAGAGCUGCGCUGGUUCGUACCCCUGGGUUUGAUGGACUGGCUGGUGAAGAUGGGCUGUGAGAACGUGAUGGAGCUGGAUUGGUGGGAGGAGAACUGCGUCCCGGGGCAUGAUGACAUCACAUUUGUCUGCACACCCUCUCAGCACUGGAGCAAACGUACAGCUAUUGAUGAUAACAAGUCUCUGUGGGGCAGCUGGUCUGUUUUGGGUCCCGAUCAUCGGUUCUUCUUUGCUGGUGAUACCGGCUACUGCUCCACCUUCCAGGAGAUCGGACGGCGCUUUGGACCAUUUGACCUCGCAGCAAUCCCAAUCGGAGCCUACCAGCCCAGGGAUAUGAUGCAAGGGCAGCAUGUCGAUCCAGAGGAGGCUGUUCAGAUUCACCAAGACCUCCACGCCAAACAGUCGGUGGCCAUUCACUGGGGAACAUUCGCUCUUGCUUAUGAGUACUACCUGGAGCCACCAGUCCGUCUCAGAGAGGCCCUGGAACUGAAAGGACUGAAGCCGGACUCCUUCUUUACUCUGCAUCACGGGGAGUCUCGCCUUAUAACUUCACAGAGUGGAGACGUCUUUGACUGAUGCUUAGUGUGUGUAUCAAAAUGCAGAACAUUGUGUUUGUCGUGUGUAUACAUGGACUCAGUGAUUUCACUUUGAAAGGCAUAAAUGUAUGCAGCUCAUCCCCAACUGAAAAGAACCUCAAAUGUUCAUCAGUACUGUUUACAUGCUGAAUGUUUGACCUGCCAUUAUCAGUGAGCAAUACUUCAUACAGGAGCUGUGACUCCAUCAUAAACAUGUACAAAGUGUACUACACAAAUAUGUGUGUAAUCCUUUCAAGACCUGAUCCUUGUGGCUCUUAUGAAACAAGGCAUAAGGCUUCAACGUAGCACAUAUAAUAGAAUGCAGAGCGUUACAAGUAUGAAAUCAAAGAAUAUUUGAAUGUAAGAAUGGAGGGAUAAAACCCAAGAGAGUGAGAGAAAACUUAACCCAUUUUUACACCCAAAGAAGAUAAAAGCACAACUUUAACAUCCAUCACAUUUACAGAUCUUUUUGAUCCUGUGAUGAAGUGCUAGCAUACACUUUGGUGCCCAUGAAUGUCCAAACUGUUCUGUGGUCCUCACUGCUUUACAAACGUUGAGUCACUGUAAAGACACGGAUAUUAGUGUGGUCAGUUAUUUGUAUGUAACAGUGAGGAGUAAUCACAAACCUUAGUGUGAAGCUGGAAACCUCAGACAGUGUGAAACAGUUUGAUGUUGUGAUUUUUAAAGAUUGGUGCUAGAUAAUGUAACAACACAAACUCAAUCCCCCCCCCCCCCGCACUUAAAGGCUCGUAGAAAGCACAGCUGAAGCUGAGCUGGCUUCAGCUUCAUGCCAUGUAAAUACUGUACAUUGUUUCCUGCUUCACUUUGUGUUUGAUGGUCUGAAACGUCAACAUAAAGACACAUUUUUACUUCUUUGCUCAUCAGUGUCUUUACCUUCUUUGUUAAGACAACGGAUGUAUUUGUUCUUAGGCAAACAUGUAAUACGAAUCAUUUUACUCAACCGUUCCAAGUAUUGUUUUUUGUUUCUAAAGCCAGAAUGUAUGUACAGCUGUUAGCAAAAUGUUGAGUUUAUUUAGCUGGUUAUAACUACAAAGCCAAACGGUGCCAACUGUGGUUUACACUUGAUCCCUGUGACUUAGCCAUUGAAUAUUAAAAUGCAUUUCAAAUGUUUGUUGUGUUUAACAGCAAUGAAUAACGACGCAGAAAAAUACCAGAUAGUACCAAGAUGUCUGAUGUAUAAAGCAAUUAUAGAAGAUCAGAUACAUGUAUUUUUCUUGGACUGUACCCAUCAUUAAACUAUCUCAACAACA